AUGAGCUCAGGUACCUGAUUGUAAGGCCAGAGAACGGUGGGAUUUGGGACCUGAUGAGGUACUUAUUGUGGGGUGACAUAGUGAGUGGGAUAAGGUUCUUGGAAAGCUCAGACCAGGAUUUGGUGGGUGGAGAAGCGGCUGACCACCGUUGGGUCAUUUUGGUGUCCAUCAUAGCACGCAAGAUCAUUCACUUAUUUAGCAAGCCCAUGGAGUUCACUGGCUACGUGGUUGACUUCUUUCUCAAUCUUAUUUCUCAGAAUGGCUCCAUCUUUGGCUUAUUACACAACCUUCUCCAUGGAGACGUAGUUAUACCAAAGAGAGGCACCGAGACUUUUGUUAGUAGUAUUGGACACUUAGAUGAGCGAGUAGACCUCUACCAGGGCAAGAAGUUAGUGGAAGAUUUGCAUAAUUCUGCUUCAGGGGAGGGAGUCAGAAAAGUUGAAUUGGAUGACCGAGCAACAAUGGACCUAUGGAUGAUGGCAUCCAAGCUAGCAUAUGAGAAUGCUGAAGUUAUUAGGAAUGUUGUGGUUCAUCGUUGGAAGACGCACUUCGUGGACUUCUACAACUGCUGGGAUGAUUACCAAAAGGAGAAAUCCACUCAAGUUUUUAUGCUAUGCGACAAGCCUAAGGAUGCAAAUCUAAUAUUGAUCAGCUUUCGGGGCACAGAACCUUUUGAUGCUGACGAUUGGUGUACUGAUUUUGACUACUCUUGGUAUGAAAUUCCAAAACUAGGAAAGAUUCAUAUGGGAUUUCUGGAGGCAUUAGGUUUGGGCAACAGAGAAGAUACUGCUACCUUUCAUUAUCUCCUUCAGAAGAAGAGGACAAAGCACACCUAUUCAGAAGCUGCAGAAGACAUCCUGCCAGAAAUGGUGGAGAUGACUGCAUACUAUUUGGUGAGACAAAAGCUCAAGAGCUUGCUUGAAGAGCACAAGAAUGCAAAAUAUAUAGUCACUGGGCAUAGUUUAGGAGGGGCUCUAGCUAUUUUGUUUCCAAUAGUGCUGGUGCUACAUGAGGAGAUGAAGCUAGUCCAAAAGUUGUUGGGAGUAUACACAUUUGGACAGCCAAGGGUUGGGAACAGACAACUUGGGAGGUUCAUGGAAGCUCAUUUAGAUCAACCGGUCCCCAAGUACUUCAGAGUGGUUUAUUGUAAUGACCUGGUGCCGAGGUUGCCUUAUGAUGAUAAAACCUUCUUGUAUAAGCAUUUUGGGGUGUGCCUUUACUACAACAGCUGUUAUCUUGAGCAGAUAAUGGAUGAGGAGCCAAAUAAAAAUGACUUUGGGAUAACACAUCUGAUCAUGGAACAUCUCAAUGCAGUUUGGGAGUUAAUAAGAAGUUUGACGAUGGGAUUCACCCAUGGGCCAAAGUAUAAGGAAGGAUGGUUCUCCAUAUUUCUCAGGAUACUAGGAUUGGCAAUGCCCGGUAUAGCAGCACAUUGCCCUACAGAUUAUGUCAACUCUGUGAGGCUGGGAAAGUUGUGCACUAUUCAGAUGUCCUCCUACUAAGAAUCUUCUCUUCCCGAUGAUUUUAGUGAUGAGCCUCCAAGUAUUCCAAUCAUAAAGUAAUUAGUUCAACUGGUAAUUGGUGUGAUAAUGUUGUGCUGUCUAGUAAUUUAUUUCUGUUCCUAAGUGAGGUUAUUUUUUUCUGCAAGAAAGAUUUUUUUUCUCUUGUUUGCAUUUCAGGGUUUAGGGUUUAGGUUUUAAAGUUUAGGGUUUUUUCGUGUAUCAUUAUUAGCA